AUGGGAUACUUUUGGGCAACUACAAUUGAAACUGAAAGUAGGUCUAGUUCUAAGUCAGAGGCAUCUGCUUGUCCAGUUAAUCAUGUUACUAAGAAGGUUAAUGAUGAGUCGGCAUGCACUGUUAUGCAUACUUCUCCUAAAAACGAUAUGCCUGCCUGUCCAGUAAUGCACGAUAGUAAAAACGAUACUGCAACCGGGAUGAAUCCAUUAAAUCAUAUACCAAAGGCUCUUCCAGUUGGUAAACAAGAAGGUCAGAAGUUGGAUUUGCCACAGGAAAGAACAGUGUCUUCGAUUCCUAAAGGUUCUGAUUCCACUGAAUUUUGGGAAUAUCCUUCUCCACAACAGAUGUAUAAUGCAAUGAUAAGAAAGGGAAAGAUCGAUCCAAAUACCGGGGAGGAAAUUCCAGAAGAUGCUGUCGAAUCGAUGGUAUUUGUUCAUAAUUUUCUGAAUGAGGGUUGUUGGCAAGAGGUUUUAAAAUGGGAGAAACCUUACACAGAUCAGACCAAUGUCGAACCCAAACUAUUGAGGUUCCAAGGGAAACCAAAUGAAAUGAGUCCAAGAGCCAAAUUUUAUAAUACACUAGGGAAGCUGUUUCCAAACUAUUUCUCUUCGGACCCUCCUUUUGACAGACACGAUUGGGUGGUUUUGAGAGCAGAUCCAACUUCCACAGAUAAGGAGCAUCCAGGUCUGAGAGAAGUUCGUUAUGUGAUUGAUUUUUAUGGAGGUCCUGAUGAUGACGACGGUCUUCCUACUUUCAAUCUUGAUAUUAGACCAGCUCUAGAUAAUUUUACAAAUUCAAAAGAUCGUCUAGUACAUUACACCAAAGAUAUAAUGGACAGAUAUUUCGCAAGUAAAAGAUAG